CAGAAUUUCCCUAACUUCAAUUCAUCGCAAAAGUAUCAGCCUGUCGUCUUCCAAAUCAACCACGUCCACCCACCCUGUUCAACAUCUUGCAACAUAACAAACCGCCAAGAUGCUGAUUCCCAAGGCUGAUCGUAAGAAGAUCCACGAGUACCUCUUCCGUGAGGGCGUCCUCGUCGCGAAGAAGGACUUCAACCUUCCCAAGCACCCCGACAUCGACACCAAGAACCUUUUCGUUGUCAAGGCCCUUCAAUCCCUGAACUCCCGCGGCUACGUCAAGACUCAGUUUUCAUGGCAAUACUACUACUACACCCUCACCCCUGAGGGUCUCGACUACCUCCGCGAAUGGCUUCACCUCCCUGCCGAGAUCGUCCCUGCCACACACAUCAAGCAACAGCGAUCGCACGCUCCUCCCCGAGGAAUGAUGGGUGAGGGUGAGCGCGAACGCCGACCAUUCGGCCGUGGCCGUGGCGGCGACCGUGGCGAUCGUGGUGACCGUGGCGACCGCGAGGGUGGCUACCGACGACGAGAUGCUGGUGAGGGCGGUAAGGAGAGCGGUGGUGCUCCUGGUGAAUUCAACCCUCAAUUCCGUGGUGGAUUCGGUCGUGGCCGUGGCGCUCCCCCCUCGUAAGGUGGAAAUUCUACUACCCUUGAAAAUCCCUUGGACGAACAUGACGACCGGCAUGGGCAUGUACUCUAGGGAAUGGAGCACCUGCAUAUUUGCGCUUCUGCUCGCGUGAUAGAACUCGUGGGAGGAACCUCGGAUGCACGGUUGGGAGUUAUUAGGGGGCUAAAUCCUCGGAAAUCAUCAAUGAAUUAUGGACAUGCUUUUGCCGUGAAAAAUAUCGCUUUUCCCUAUGAAGCAGCUUCUGGUUUGGUGAAACAGGUUGAUCGAGAGUGCAGAUACUUAAUCUGACAAGACUUUAAUGGUCUAUACAACAAAACACUACCACCUGCUACCUAGCGUGAAGAGAGAUCUGUGGAUGACUUUCUCGAGAUCUGUAGAGGGGAUUUGAUAAGACGCCAUUUGUCCCCUCCAGCCAUCCAUAUCCCGAGAGCUUAGAACGUAGCAAUAUCCUACAUACAUAUUAUAGGAAUACGUGUGAACUUCUUAGGCUCAAAGGUAUUUAUGCAUAGAGGAAACCGCAAGUAUCGAU